CUAUUACACACCGCUUCUUGUAAAGCACUCCAACCUUGUUCGUUCUGAAGACUCCAAUCGGCGCCGGCAGACAUUAAAAUCUCGGCGGAGAUUGGAUCCCUAAGACGUACGGCGAGGUGGAGAGGGGUUUCCCUACCGGGGACAUCACGGCGAUCUAUGACGGCUGAUACUUUAUCGGCUUGAAUCUCGGCGGCGAGAGAUUCAGACUCGGUGGUGACUUCGCCGGGUUUGGGAAGAUAGGGGACGGCGGAAAUGAGACGGCGGAGUAAAGCGUGGUCGGAGUUUGCAACUGCCACGUGGACAGGACUGUGUGCGUAUUAAGGAGCGCUAGUUAAGGGUAAUUUAGUAAUCUAGUUAGCUUAUAAGGUUUUAUUAGAAAAAAAAGAGUAAAAACCCUGCGAGUUCUGAAUUCUGAAGUAGACCAUUGCAGUCGUCUCUUUCAUUAAGCCUCAACCAAAACCUCUCGCCGGCGUCUUUCCACCGCAAUCUCUCGAUUUCCGAUCAUCACGCGGCGGUUUCCGAUCGGCAUUGGAUUAUUAUGGAUUCAAAUUCUGAUUUAAAGCCUCCAGCACGAAGAAAGGUUAAAUAUGCACCAAAAGCUCCACCUAAAAGAGUGCCAAAGAUAGAAGUUAAAAGUGAACUGGUUGAGGAGGAUAAUAAAGCAUCAGCGGCAGAGGCUAAGGAACUCCUUCGGCGUUUCCAUGAAAAUGAGAGGAAGGCAAGGAUGAAGGUUGAGAAAAAAGUGUCAGCUUCACAAAUUGCUUUUGGUUCUGGAGGCCAAUCAGCUCAUCAUAAACCAUAUGGUAUUGGGAGCAAGACCAAUGGCAUUGAAAGUUCAGCAUUUGUUGAUGCAAACGGGAAAGAAUACAAAGAACCAUGGGACCUCUACAGUGAUUAUCCAAUAGCUCUUCCCUUGAGGAAACCAUAUUCAGGCAACCCAGAAUAUCUUGAUAAGGAGGAAUUUGGGGAGGCUGCAGAAUCCAGAACUUAUGAUGAAAACGCGGCAAAUUCAGCAGCGGAGCUUGGCCUUCUGGAGGAAAACCCAGAGACAAAGUCAAUCUUCAUGAGAUUACCACCAGUCUUUCCUAUGAUUAAAAAACCAGAUGCUGAUGUUAAGGUGAACUCUAAACGUCCUGCGAAACUCUUCAAGUUUGAUGAAAUGCCACCUGGUCUAAUUGGCAAAAUGAUUGUGUACAAGAGUGGUAAAGUUAAGCUGAAGAUUGGAAAUACCCUUUAUGAUGUUUCAUCGGGUAUGAAUUGUAUAUUUAGUCAAGAGUUGGUUGCAAUGAAUGCUGCCGAAAAGCAUUGUAGCUCAAUUGGGGAGAUCAGCAAGCUUGCUACUGUAACCCCGGAUGUUGAUGCUGCACUUGAUUGUCUUAGUGAUUUAGAUUUAUAAUAGUUUUCUUUAUAUUCAUGAAAAUUUUGAAGUUUGAUAUCUUGAACAAUAAAUUGAGAAGGAGGGUAAAUCGAAUUAAGUCUUAUGUUUUUUUAUUUAAUUGAACAAGUACAAAUUGCGAUUUUUUAAUGAGGAAAGAUAAUAACCAUGUCAACUCACCAACUGCUGCCUUCUUGGGACAACUUCAUGGAAAGGAAGUUACUUAUUAUGAUAGUUUCAUCCUAAGUUUAGUGUUUAUGCUUCUUGCUCUAGUAGUCUAGUAAGGUAUAAUUUCUUGUAAUAAAAGUAGGGGUGUUCAAAAUCCAAUCAAUAGAAAAUUGUAAACGAACUAACCAAAUUGAAAAUCAAAAAAUUGAAUUUGAUUUAGA